AUUACCCUUCACAUAUCAUACGUCCACGCGAUAGUCAACCCCACGCUGUUUCUAGUCCUGCACAGAGGUUUGCGCAGAGCCACUCUCGACUUUUGCUGUGGCUGGAUCCCGUUAUGGUUGAUGUCGUCGCCGAACCUACCACCCCCGCCCGAUCCACCUCGCGCGGCUGACAUAUCCCUUUUGAAACCGUCUCUGCUACCCGCACCGGCCCACCCCGAUAGCUCUAUGGUAAUUAAAUAUUAUAUGGAGACUCCGAUUUGAGUCCCUGGAAUCCUAUCGAAUCCAUGAACAACGGGGGUCCACUCAUCUCGAUUUCGCACUACUCUUGUCCAGACCUGUGUUCUUCGCCACCGGAAAGCGAAUAGUAUACGGAUUGGGACAGGUCCACCAGGAUAUGAGACGAUAAAAUGGACUGGACUCCUGAAGGACCUGCUGGGUAGGGCACCAAGCUGACAAAAAUUGUCAGUUCACACAAAUUUGAAAUUCGGAAACCUUCAGUAACAUGGCUUGUGCACAUUUUCAUAAUAAUUGUGAGAGAAAAUAUGUCAUUGAUGGAAAAUUAUUGAUGCAUUUUUCAUAGAUUUCUAGAGAUGAAACAAAAUCCAAAUUCUAGUUUAAGUUAAUCUAAGGUAAAUUUCGAAAACCUUUUUCCUUUCUUCCAUUCCCGAUCCAAAAGAUUUGUCACUCUUUUGUUAACUUCCAAUCACUAUAGAUCAUAAAAGCCACUAAUACAGGCUAUGUGACGCGAAUUUUUUCUUUUAAUAAUUGACAAUAUUAACUAACCAAUGUGACACAAUUAAAAUUUUGAUAAAUCAGUCGUUGAACAUAUGGUAACAUGAAAAUUUCCAAAUGAACUAAUCUAAAGAAAUGAACUUUAAUGAACUAUUUCAGCAUUCAAGACGUUAUAUCAAAAAAACCAAAACUUUUUUUGCCAAAAACCAAUCUCCCCUAUCCCUUUCAAUUUAAACGAAAUUCUCAUAGCCACCAUUGAAACCAAAUAAGCAUUUGAAUAUCAUAAUGUAUCGUCAUCGUGACAUAAGUAGAUUAAACACAUCUUUGAUAUAAAGUCAUGGUAUAAAUGAAUUGAGUGUUUCAUUUUGAAAUACU